AAAUGUUUUUGUUUAGAGGCUUUGGUUUAGGAAAUCAUCAUGGUUGCCUACUGUAUGUAUUUUGUUGUUUUUAUGCUUAUACAUAUGAAAGUUGACCGAGGUCUAAAACUCUUCUAAUCAUUGAGUAAAUAAACUUCUAAUAAUGCUGUUUGCGUGUAAUCACAAUCGUUGCGUAGGCGUAACGUAACAUUUUUUAUUUUUAACUGACCUCACAACAACCCGUCGAACGAUUCUGCAGUAUUUUUAAUAUAGGCGAGCAUGCUGGGAGAGGCAGUGAGCCGUGCCGUGUUCUGGACAGUCUCAGUGGCUGCAGUCCUUCCAGCUGCCGGGUUUGUGGAUCCGUUUACUCUUGGGGCUAUAGGACUGGGGUCAGCAGCCUUAUUUGGCUACAAGUUACUCUCCUGCAAAAUGUCAGAGUGCUGUGACACGCAGUGGAUUCCGGCUAAUUUUUCCAAGAUGGAGAUGUGAUGGAAGGUGCAACGCACAGCCAAGAUAACCAGUCGUGGUGGCGUCUGCUCCAGAGACGAGACGUGCUCGAGAGGGCUUGUGGUGCGCAAGAUAUCAUGUCUGUACGUGCCUAUAGGCAUGGGUAACAGUGAGGUGCUGCAAGCACAGAACGGGAAAGAAAUGCAGGAUGUUGGCCGCUGCUUCACAGCGGUAAGGAAGAAAACUGUCAGACUUGAGACCCAAGUCAAUUAAAAUGUAAGGUCCUGCAAAAUAUUUGACUGCUAAAAAAAAUGUACCAUAAAAUUAACAAAUCUUAAAAUAUUAACUUAUUAAGAAAAAUUGGAAAUGACUUGUGACAUGAAAUGUAACCAAUAACUGGCACAGUGACGGGUCGUAACAACUGGUUUUUAAGUAAUAGUUUGUAACUAUCAGGAUUAAAGAAAACAUAAAUUCUGUGACAAUUAUUUGUUUGAGGUCAGCACAUGGGAUUACUAUUCUGUGUUAGCAAGUCGCUUCGGUUUUGCCCUUUGAAGACAUUAAACUAAUUAUACAAAACAAAUAAUCAUUAUCAAGGCUACCAAUGUUGCUUGUGUCUCGUGCUGGACUGACAUAACAAAACUUGUCUUUUCAUUCCUUCGUAACAAUCAUCCUAACUUAAGUGACAACAUUGAUUUUAAAUGGAUGGUACCAUUUGAGUUACACCUGAUGCAUAAUUAUAUUUGCCACAUUUUCAUAGAUCCAUAUACGAUACACAUAAAUAAUUGUACUUUACACACAUUUGCAUUUGUUGUGUUUUGUAUACCAUGCUGAAUAUUUGCCCAUUAUUAAUGUUUCUACACUGAAUGCAUUUGGUAUGUGGCUUCCGGUAAGCAAAUGCAUAAUAGUGUUAUUUUGCAUUGAAAUGUAGCUUGACAUAGGGUUUUAUAUUUCAGGUAAGCAAAUGCAUUAUAAAGAGUGUUAUUUUGCAUUGAAAUGUAGCUUGACAUAGGGUUUUAUAUUUAUACAAAGUAUGUAUCAACUUAGAUAUUCGGUUAUUUUUUGCAACAUGUACCUCAAGGUUCCCUCAGCUCUCAACUACGUUCCACCUUCUCACAGGAGGAAACCAUUCUUUUUACAUCUGGUCGUAGCUUAGGGCUUCGUGACCUUGGCAAGUGGCGGACAAACAUAAAUCCUCCCUUGGCUUACACGGAAGUACGGUUUGCUGUGCACUAUUCAGUACCAGCAACGUUGUGUAAUCUCUGCUUACUGCUAUUACAUGUAGGAUACGCAACUGAUGACAAUUAUACCAGUAUGCAGUUGCCUUUAGUUGCAUAAAAAUCCCAGACUCUAAAAACUCAUAACCCUGAAAUAUUAUUGUAUAAUACAGAGUGUCCAUAAAAGAAUGUCUCAGCUUCAAUGGUAUAUUAUCACAGUUUACUUUAGUCUAUUUACAACAAAUCAUACAUCAAAUUAAGGGUAAACUAAGCUAGUUUUUCUUACAAAUGUUAAAUUUGUGCACCUUUAGUUAUACAAUUCACAUCCAACCUAAAGUCCAAUUUUUCCCACACUUUAGUUAACAAGUCCGGAGUAAUGGAAGCAAAAGCCUCUUCAAUUCUUUGCCUCAACUCUGGAAAAUCAUUAGGUAGUGGGGGUAUGUAGACACCAUCUUUUAUAAAGCUCCAAAGGAAAAAAAAAUUGCAUGGCAGUAUGUCAGGUGAACGUGGAGGCCAGCAAUAAAGAGUUCUGUUGUCUCGAAUUGCCUAUUGUACUGCAACAUGUUUGUUUUGACAGUUUAAUUAUUUAUUAUUAUUUACGAUUUAUUUUAUUUUUGUUUGCUCUAUGUAUAAUAUUAUUUAUUUUCAGAAACGGCAAUAUUUGGUUAUGUAUGUCUAUGGAAAAGUGAUUCUUUGGAUUUUUACCGGACUAUUUGAACGAGGUAUUGUUGAUACCCCUCUAAGGACUAAUGGACUUGAAAACUGUAAACGGUAAAAUUAACGCCGUAAUUUUAUAAUGUAAAUUAUUAUUUUAAUAUUUAUUUAUUUAAAUUUUAAGUGAAAUUUUGUUAUCCGCGCAAUUGUUGCGUUCGGAAUUUACGUUUUCGGUAAGAAAUUAGGUGACUGAAACGGUCCUUUUGGCCAAUCACGGGCCACCAUUUAAAAAGUGAGUCUUACUGGUUAUUUUGAGGAAACUAGUAAGAAAGAGAGUUCUACAAUGGCCAGCUGAAUGAGCGGCAACUUCGUGACGUCGGCGAUUUUAAAUCCUGAAAAUUAGCUAUCUAGCAUCAGGUAUCCCGGAUAGUGGAUGAUACCUAAUUAUGAACCAUUAGGGAGUUCUGAACAUUUAAAUAGGAUUUAUCUAAAAAGAUAAAUAUUAUAGGAGUGUUUAACGUGAGUAACGAAAGUGCCCAGAUUUUUUGUGCCCUAAUCUUAUGCACGAAUCACGAAACUCCCGUUUUUACGUCACAUCGUCGCUGAAACUUAUUAUAAACAUUGAUUUCAUGAAUUAAAUUGACUUUAUAGAUAAUCUAAAUAAUACUUGGAGAUAAAUUUUACGAAUUUACACAUUAAUUAACAGACUCAGUGGUCCUAUAGAUGAGAGGCUCUGAGCUCUGCCGAUGAACUAUUCGAACCUAACUAGCCGAGGUAAAUUGAUUUAAGUUCCCUAAAAACAUUAAUUAAAAACUGUGUAGUGUCAACGAACCCGAAUUAAGACUUUUGAAAAUAUUUAAAUGUGCGCAACAUAACUCCUGGUAAUUGAACUUUUAUUGAAUUACUAUGAUGUCACCGUUAAGUUAGGUUGUUGUUUUGGAUAUGAAUAAUAAUUAAAUAUAUUGAAAAGAUUGAAAUCUUUUAAAUCGUUUUUACAUUGGAAAUAAAAUAAUUCUAUAUUUAAUAUUCAAAGUGUUGUGUCGUGUCAUUUGUACUUUCACCUACUCCAUUGUGUAUUUAUGUAUGUUCCAAAUCAAUCAAGCAACACCUAACUGUGAUUUACCUUAUAUCAACAUUACCAGUGAAGAGUCACAAAAUUAAGAAAUAUAAUUUAUUACACAGUUUUAUUCAGCCCAACAUUUUAGUGUGUGUGUGGAGCCUGAGUAGUAAGGAAGUAGCUCUACAUAUUAUUUGGCACCCCAAGUGGGGCCUAAACUACUAGAAGGUUCCCGCACAUAUUUUAUUUGGCACCGCAAGUGGGGCCUAUUUAGUACAAAAUAAAGCUUCAAAAGUUCCCGCACAUACUUAAUUGGCACUCCAAGCGGGGCCUAUUUAGCACAGAAAGUUCCCCCACAUACUUAAUUGGAGCCCAUACGGUGGGGCCGAUUUUGAGGUUAAGGGACACCUCAACAUUUUUUUGUGUAAAUUCUGUACCAGCCAAGUACUGAGUGCAAGUGCACUAUUUGUGUAAAAUAUUAUCUGGUCAAUUGUUUCAUUGCACACCAUUAUGGCAGACGAGCAAAACAAAUACUUUCUUAGAGAAAGAUCACGGAGUGUAGGGGAAGAGUAUGCUACUGCACAGACUUCAAGCAGUGAGUCGCAUCAUACAUCAUCUGCAGGGAAUUCACCUGUAGUCACCUGUGAGGAAAGGUUAGGGCGGCCCACAUCUCCCCUAAUCAUGGAGCAGGAAAACAUGAAUGACACUGUCCUACACACAGCUGCACCCCAGGACAGUACUCCUACAACACCAUCAGUGACACUAGAGUCAUUGAUGAAGAUUCUGCUGCAAAACAACACUGAAAUGAAGCAGAGUAACACAAUUCUCAGUGAGAAACUGGAGCAGAACAGUACUGCCAUGGAGCUGAACAACUCUGUGCUCACUGCAAAGUUAGAUGAGGCCGGCAACAGUAUAAAGAAUCUCGAGCACAGCAUCGAGAUUAGGCUCUCACAACAACACGAGGAGAUCCAACAGAUAGCCGAACAGGUCUCCCAGUACAACUGCAGGGUAGAUGGGUUGGAGUCCCAUGUCACGUCCCUAAGAAACAUGAUGGCCAACGAGCAUCGAGGACAGGCCAAUGCCAGGGAAGAGGUGCGCGAGCACAUCCAGCACCUGGAGAGCAGGCUCAGUGACAUUGAGGUGGCCACAGCUACACUGAGGGACAGGUUCGAAAAUCUGUCUGUUCAACCGAGCCCUACAGCUGCAUCAGCUGGUAGUAUAGGCCAGGCCCAGGCAAGCGAGUGCCAUGGCCCCACUGUUCCCACACUGUCCACCACAGGCAAGCGACAGGGCGGCACCGAGUGCUACACUGAGCACCAGCCCCAGGAACAGUCACGUGUCACCCCCAUCACUCAUCGGCCAAGUAGCAGGACGUUUGUAAACACGUCGAGUAUGGACCCUGCUACUCUGAUCCACCACCCGGCCAAGCAUUGGGCAGAGGCCAUGCCCACGUUUUCAGGAAGGGUUACCGAGAACCCUAUACGGUUCCUGAAACGUUUUGAGGAAUAUGCGGCCACGUUCAAUCUCAGCGAGGCUGAGGUACUAAAGUGCCUCAACAGUGCUUUGAAAGGGCAGGCUUUCUACUGGUGGGAAAUGCUGAGUGCAACCACCAGUAGCUACAAUCACUUCCAGGCCAUGUUCCGCCAGCAGUAUUGGAGUCUGCGGAUUCAGAGCAAUCUGCGUGCCCAGCUCCAUACUGAGAGGUAUGACCCCAGGAAGGGCACAACGCUGGAGGCCCACCUCUCCACAAUGUUUGAAAAAACUAGGUAUCUCGAUUUGCCCAUGACGGACGAGGAGUUCGUAGCGGCAAUACUCACUCAGUUGCCGCUGCGCUACCAAAAGCAAUUGUCCGGCCUGACGUACCGAGACAUCACAGAGUUCAGAGAGAGGCUCCUGAACUACGACAAGCUGGAGAAAAUGGACAGGACGCCAGCACCUAAGGAGGACCACGAGAGGGUGCCUCAGCAGAACCGCCAGCCACCCCUGAAUAACUAUUGGCAAAACAGGGACAACAAGCCAAGGGACAACCGUCAGGCAGCUGUCCACACUAUGACGUGGCAACCCAAGGGCAGAGAGCAAAGCUCAUAUGGCCGGUACACUAUGAGCCAACGCAAAGGCCCCUACAACAAGAGGAAGACCUGGUGGUCAAAUACGAGGAACUAUCAUAGCGACGAAGAGAUGUACCAGCGCAAGAGGAAGGACGACCGCAACGACAACCGCCGCCGCUCCUACUCGCCUGAAGUACGGCCUCCCAGGGAGUCCCGUGACCGACGCCCAAGAUCCUCGUCUGAAGACGAGAGAGAGUACGCGAGGAAGUACCGCAAGACGGAGAAACCUCGAUACCAGGGCCGGCACGAAGAAACCCGAAUGCCACCCCACCAUUAUUCCCCCCAGACGACAGAGAAUCAUGGCGGCCAAGCCUAUAGUAGCCAGUUCUCUGGAAACAAACGCUACCAGAACGCAACGUUUCCGCCACCAUUCCAGGCGCAGCAUCCAGGACAUCAAGCUGCAUACUACCAGAGAGGGGAAGUGAACCCGGUUGCAGCCGAGUUCAAGGCUGCAGUGUCCAGCGUCGCAGGACCCAGUAAUUGGAACCACAACGAACAACAACAACGUGUUCCAGGUGGACGUGCCAACCAGGGCACGUUAAACUAGAACGGGUUUCAGUUGGAUCGCCCCGAACAGAAACCCACUACUCAGGCUCAGGGGUACAAAACUAAAAAAAAAACUCCAGUAUCUAGUGGCAUCAGUAUCCACAGAGAUAUUCAAAAUCAAUCCUAAACUCCGAGAUAUCCUGAAGGAUAUAAAAUGUAAACGACAAGCAGAUGAGUACUGCAAAAACACCAUCAACCAGCUGCAGAAGCAGUCAGCUGAUAAUAAAAUUCACCAACAUUUUUGUUUGUCAGCAGAAAAUGUUUUGUUUGCCCAGUCAAGGAAGAGAGGCAUUUUCGAAGAUCACUGGAAACCAGUGAUACCAGCUGAUUUGAGGCAACCAAUCACCUGGGAACUACAUGUAGCCUUGGGACAUGUAGGGAGCAAGAAGCUCAUCGAAGCAUUGAAGAGGCAAGUGUAUUGGCCUAACAUGUCACGCUAUGUAAGUAAGGUCACAAGUGCCUGUGACCUAUGUCAGAAAGUGAAACCACCUGGACAACACCUGCAUGGAGAAUUGCAGCCCAUCAUUCCAACAGCACCAUUGGAAUUAUUAUCAGUUGAUUUAUUUGGCCCCUUACCCCAGUCAAAGGGAGGUGUUAAGUAUGUUUUUGUGAUGCAAGAUGUUUUCACAAAAUUCACAAAAUUGUAUGCAAUUGUGAACCCAACUGCAAAAGCAGUUAUGCAAAAAUUAAAAACUUUCGUUGAAGAAAUUGGUUUACCUAAAGUGGUAUUGUCAGACCGAGGUACCCAGUUUACCAGUGAUUUGUGGCAAACAGGAGUCAGGAAAUUAGGUGCAAUACCUACAACUAUCAGUGUACGACAUCCACAAAGUAACCCUGUGGAGAGACUCAUGAAGUCAAUUAGGGAGUCUGUUACGUACGCUAUGCCAUAACUCGCAGCAAUCAUGGCGAGAUAAGUUGCCAUAUGUAGAGUGCGUUAUUAACCAUACCGUACAUGGUUCUAUUGGAGUUACCCCUGGAGAAGCCAUGAGCCUGAAUAGAUCGGUGGCGAUCAACCCGAAAUAUUUACCCCGAUGUGGACACACCCCUAAUGAAGAGGAAAAACUACCUACAGGAGAAGAGGUAGAAGCUCUAGUGAAGAGGAAGUUGACAGCAGAAGCUGACAUCAGACGCAAGAGGAAACCAGCAUCAAAAUUAGCAAAAUUUAAAAUUGGAGACCAGGUACUGAAGAAAACAACUCCAGUAAGCAAGGCCUGGGAACAUGUAACCAAGAAAUUGUUUUUGUUAUUUGAAGGUCCUUAUGUCAUCACAGACAUAGUACAAAAUAAUUGCUAUGCACUAGCAGAGCCAGCAACAGGCCGACCAGUAGGCCGUUAUAAUAUAACGCAGUUAAGGGAAUACAAGAGCCCUACUACUAUGUAAGCAGUACCGACCUAAGCUGUGAAUGCCUCGUGAUAGUACAAGGUGUAUUACCAUAAACAGCUGAGAGCAGUCUAAGUGUAAGUUUCAGACCAAGGAUCUGAACUGUACAGAGGAGUAAGUGUAUGUCACUGUGAUUAUGUGAUCUAGUACGCCAUGUGAGGCGUAGUGCAGCCACUGUAUUUCGUAAUGUUAAGCGGAGGUGUAAUUCCCGCUUGUUUCUGCGUAAAGGUGAAGUGAAAUGCCACCUAUGCAGAUAUUUACCCUGUGGUUAUGCGGAAGUGUAAUUCCCGCUAUAUUGCUGUAUUUGAGGUGAAGUGAAAUGCCACCCAUACAGAUGUUAUUGUAGCCUGUGAAGCUACCAGUGUACAAUGUGUAUUGUAUUUAUGCAUCAGUUGGCUUGCACAAUUCCUCGUAUGAGUAUGAACUCAAAUGUCACAAAGACAUAUAUAUACAACACUAGACUAGCCUAUACCUAUGUGAAGCUGUAUGUACUGUGUACUAACAAACGAGAAGAAAUUAAGCUUACUUAGUGUCGAUGUAACUAUGUGGUAUGAUACCCCAUCCUGCUGUGUAGACAUAUGUAAACACUGGCAUGCAAAGCAUCUCUAAAAGCACAUAACCCUUUGCAACUACAAGCAGAAUAAUAUUAUGCAGGUUACCUUGAUUUAUUGAUGAUGCUGAGUAAUCCAAUAGGCGUAGUUAUGUUGAUGAUGAAAAAUAGAAAAUCACUGAAUUUUCUAAAAUUUUAGAAGAACUCACUAAGAUUUUAAAACUUCACUAUUUUUUUUUACUAUUUCUGGGAUGAAUUUAGGGAAAAGAAUGAUCUUUAGGAUUGCAUUCUACCCAGAAUGCAGAUUAGAAAAGUAUGCACUCAUUUCGCAUACAAAUCCAAUCAGUUUUAGUUGAAACUUUUAGUUUAUUAAACUUUGGAUGUCAAGGUAUUGAAAUUUUAUGAAAUGAAAACACGAAAAUUUGAAAUCGAUGAUUUUUAAGGAUUUAUUGGGAGAAGCCCCUAUACAAGAGAAUUACGUCGUCUCAACACUAUUAACUCGCAGCACUGUCAUAGUUGCUUGAGUAGUAUUCUUCGAAUGAUGUGAAGAAUAGCGAAGAAUGUGGAUCUGAAAAACUCAGGAUCUAAGCCCUUUGUCGCGAGAAGUGAAGGUACUCCGGCAAACAAGUGUCCACAAGCAACUUCGCCUAACAGAAGUUUUAAAAUUGAAAAAGCAAGAAAA